AUGAAGGAAAGAGAAGAAGAAAAUUUUGUGACGCCCGGCGAAGUAUUGGGAAAAUCGUCGGAGUUGAAACCUGGAAAAGGCGCUUAUGUUUCGGACAACACCGUCUACUCUUCACUCACCGGAUUCCGAUCCCUUUCGUCUCCGGCGACGGACUCAGACGACCCGAGGCCCACGGUGGAGGUGAAUGGUCACAAGGCACACGGUCCAGUUCCAGAACCUGCUGCCAUUGUCCUUGCAAGAGUGACGAAAGUGAUGGCUAAAAUGGCUUCAGCUGAUAUAAUAUGUGUAGGUCCAAAGUCAGUACGAGAAAAAUUUACGGGCAUUAUCAGGCAGCAAGAUGUUAGAGCAACGGAAAUUGACAAAGUAGAAAUGCAUGCCUCCUUUCGACCGGGGGACAUUGUCAGAGCUUUGGUUCUAUCCCUUGGUGAUGCACGAGCUUACUAUUUAUCAACUGCCAAAAAUGAACUCGGUGUUGUUUCGGCAGAAAGUGCGGCAGGAACAACAAUGAUUCCUAUAAGUUGGACAGAGAUGCAGUGUCCUUCAACGGGUCAAAUCGAGCUUAGGAAAGUUGCCAAGAUUGGAGCCUCAUGA